AACGACAAUAUCCGCAUCGUUGAAGUCUGCAGUGGCCAGGAUGCUGGCGGUUUGCAACAUGAAUACAGUAGGUACAUCACUCUAAGCUACCGAUGGACCGACGAAAUCAAGCGGACAAACCUCAGAACCGAAAACAAGUCCAAGUUCGAGCAGUCCAUACCGACGAAUGACUGGCCCAAGGUCUACCGAGAUGCCGUGUCGAUUGCGCAUCAACUCGGCGUUCGCUAUCUCUGGAUUGACUCCCUCUGCAUUAUCCAGGACCAGACAGAGGACUGGCUCAAGCAAGCCGCCUUGAUGGGCAGUAUCUAUAGCGGCGGGCUGCUCAAUCUUGCCGCUGUUGAAUGUUCGGGCCUUGAGUGGCUUUGCUAUAGACCAUAUGACAUUCGGAAGGCGGUUGACCGUGCUCCGCUCUACAAGAGAGGGUGGUGUUUCCAAGAGCGCGUACUGUCCAGGCGGACGGUGCACUUUGGAGAUCAGCUGUUCUGGGAGUUGUAUCUGCAGACCGAAAACGGGUCGCGCGAGCGCAGUGUCCAUACUUUCCAUAGGCGCUGGUGCUCCCUCGUGCGGUGCUACAGCCAGACGGAACUCACAGAACCCAGCGAUAGGCUCAUCGCGCUCAAAGGUAUUGCCAGCGCCAUGGCUAGCCAAUUUCGCCACUCACCAACCGAUUAUCUGGCAGGCCUCUGGAAGCCGAGCAUCGCGGCUCAACUGCUCUGGGGGCGCGAAUCGGAGAGGUACUCGGAUGCGGAUGAGGUACUUGCGAGCCAACUCGCAAAUCAUUUCCCGUCCUGGUCUUGGGCCAGC